UAUCUUUUCCCUAUAAAUAAAGUAGCAGUUGCAAGGAGCUCGUUCUGUAGUGUAGAGUUGCAAGUUGCGCAAGUAGCUAGUUAACAUCCUCAACUUCUUCGCUUCUUCAACAAGUUAACUAAGUUACUAGUUAAUCAACUAUCAGCCACACCAUCUGCACCUCCUCGUCAUCCCAUCCAGUCCAAAUCGAUCGCCUACGUAGUACAGCCAACCAACGCCAAACACCUCGCGCCCUAAAUAACCUCGAUCCGUGACACCAAACCAAGAAACAAAGAAACGCCGCAGCCAGUCAUGGCCGACUCCCAGCUGCCUCCGUCAGACACUGUGCCACAACCACAACCACAACCACAACCACAACCACGAGUAGCAGCACAAUCAACACCAUCAACCGCCGCCUCUGCUACUCCUACACCAACCACCGCAGCAAACCCUGAGUCCUCAAACCCUUCAGAUCCCAAUAACAAUCCGUCGGCUUCGGCUAUCCCCGCAAACAAUAAUGACGCUGCCAACCCGGAUACCAACCCUGAUACCGAAAUGAGCAAUAGUAAUAAGAAUAAUACUAAUACCAAUACCAACACCAAUAACAGCAGCCCCUCCAUGGCAACGAAUCCGGAUAUCACGAUGAGCGGGACAAGUGAAGCUACAACGGCGCCUACUACAGCUACCAGCCAGCAGUCUAUGUCCACGGCUGCGACGACGAUGACGACAGCACCAGCACCAGCACCAGUACUGGGCACUGGCACAAGCACGACCGCAGCACCGGGAGGAAUCAUUGCACCGGGAAUCCCAAUAGAUGCUGCAGUGAACCCUGUGGCAGCUGCGCCAGUGCUGCCGCCGUCGAAGAAAGAUACGAGCCUACGGGAGUUUCUGGGACAGAUGGAUGAAUAUGCGCCUAUUAUCCCCGACGCCGUAACAGCACACUACCUCACCCUCGCCGGUCUCCCGCCGCCAGGCAACGGCCCAAACCAAACCCCACCACACCUCGCCCGCCUCCUCGCUCUCGCCACGCAGAAAUUCGUCGCCGACAUCGCCGCAGAUGCCUACCAAUACUCCCGCAUCCGCAGCUCCAAUACUUCCUCCUCAAAUAAUCCCAUGGGCGCCAUAAACCUCUCGACAGGCUUGGCGCACGGGGUAGCUGGCGCUGGCGGAGGUGUAGGCGGCGGUGCUGCGGGGGUAGGGGCGGGUGGAGGGACGGCUGCAGCCGGUGGCGGUGGGAAUGAAGGGGUAAAGGGGAAAGGGAGCAGUGCGACUGGAUUGCAUCUGGGUGUUCAGAGGCCUGGGUUUGGAGGUGGGGGGCAGGGGGGACAGCAGGGGCGGACUGUGUUGACGAUGGAGGAUUUGGGAAUGGCGGUUGCGGAGUAUGGGGUUAGUGUGAAGAGGGGGGAGUUCUAUCGGUGAUGGUUUUGGGUUUUUGAUGGGAGGUGGUUUUACUUUUAGUGGGAUUCCUCAUUUUUUCUUGUUUUUGCCUUUCCCCUUUUGUUUUUAAUAUCCCAGGUUGCUGACUGGGGGAUUGCUUCGGGAGGUGCAGAUAUUAUAUUAUUACUUUAUAUAUCAAGUCCACAAAUCUGGGAUGGCGUUUGGGAUGCGGUUCAGGCUGGGGAGAAAAUGGCGGGGUUUACUUUUAAAUCAUACAUUAUCAUGUUAUAUCAUGGCCAUGUCACCUCAUAUCAUGCAUGUUUCAGUUUAGUUAUGAAGUUCAAAUGAUAUAUGUCGAUAGACUAUGCUGAAUAUUAGCGACAGGGUAUAAGAAAAGCACUGGGCCAUGGGCACCUGUUGUUUCGCAUUGGGGGGUAAGGGUAAAGGAGUAUGAUAGCAACGAAAAGUUUAUUGGACUUCUAAUAUACAAUAAAAUAUAUAUACAUAUACAAAGCAGGAACAAGUAAAGAAGAACCUUUU